AUGGCGUCGGCGGCGACUCUGAAGAAGAAUUACCGGUGCUCUCAGUCCCUGCAACAAUUCUACUCUGGAGGUCCAUACGCUGUUUCCUCCGACGGCUCAUUCCUCGUCUGCUCAUGCGACGAGACCAUUAAAAUCGUCGACUCUUCCAACGCCGAAAUCAAAUCUACAAUCGAAGGAGAUUCCGAGCCUGUUACUGCCCUUAUCCUCAGCCCCGACGAUAAUUUGCUCUUCUCAUCCAGUCACAGCCGCCAAAUUAGAGUGUGGGAUUUGUCCUCCCUAAAAUGCAUCCGCUCAUGGAAGGGGCAUGAAGGGCCAGUCAUGGGAAUGGCUUGCCAUGCGUCAGGGGGGUUGUUGGCCACAGCAGGGGCUGACAAGAAGGUGCAAGUGUGGGAUGUUGAUGGAGGCUUUUGUACACAUUAUUUCAAGGGGCAUAAAGGGGUGGUUACUAGCAUCAUUUAUCACCCUGACCCGAAUCGAUUGCUUCUGUUUUCCGGUGGUGAUGAUGCUAUUGUUAAGGUGUGGGAUCUUACAAGCAAAAAGUGUGUUGCAACACUAGAAAAGCAUCAAUCGGCAGUCACUUCAUUAGCAGUAUUUGAAGAUGGAUGGACCUUGCUUAGUGCUGGAAGAGAUAAGGUUGUUAAUAUAUGGAACCUGCACGAUUACAGCUGCUCAACAACUGUACCCACAUAUGAGGCGCUGGAAGCUGUGUGCGUACUUUAUUCGGCAUCCCCAUUUUCAUCAUGCUUGUCAUCAUACGCCAAGGAAAAAGGGAAGAAGAUCAGCUCAUCUUCUAUUAAAUUUGUAACAGUUGGUGAACGUGGUAUUGUGCGGAUAUGGAAUUCGGAGGGGGCAGUGCUCCUUUUUGAGCAGAAAUAUUCAGAUUUGGCUGCUAGCUCAGAUAACGAAGAGGUUAAAAGAGGUUUCACGUCUGCACUGAUGCUUCCAUUAGGGCAAGGACUUUUGUGUGCUACAGCUGACCAGCAGUUUCUUGUUUACGAUCUUGAUAAAAAUGCUGAUGGAGGUCUGAACUUAGGACUGAGAAAAAGGUUGAUUGGAUAUAAUGAACAGAUUAUCGAUAUGAAAUUUUUGGGUGAAGAAGAAAAAUUUAUAGCAGUCGCCACAAGUGUUGAACAGGUACGGGUGUAUGAUCUGGCAUCAAUGUCAUGUUCGUACGUAUUGACUGGCCACACUGAUGUGGUUCUAUGCCUUGACACCUCUGUGCAAAGUCCUGGAAGAACUCUAAUUGUGACAGGAAGCAAGGACAAUACUGUUAGGUUGUGGGAAUCCCAAAACCAACGUUGCAUUGGAAUUGGCAUAGGUCACAUGAGUGGUAUUGGUGCUGUUGCUUUCUCGCGUAAAAGCAAGAACUUCUUUGUUAGCGGCAGCAGCGAUCGUACGCUGAAGGUGUGGAGCUUAGAUGGAAUUUCUGAUGAUGCUGAAGAAGUUUCCACUUUGAAAGCAAAAGCAGUUGUGGCUGCCCAUGACAAAGACAUUAACUCGUUAGCAGUUGCUCCCAACGAUAGCCUUGUUUGCAGUGGGUCCCAGGAUCGCACAGCAUGCAUAUGGAGGCUCCCAGAUCUUGUCUCUGUUGUUGUUCUUAAAGGACAUAAAAGGGGAAUUUGGUCUGUAGAGUUUUCCCCAGUGGAUCAGUGUGUUAUUACAGCUUCGGGUGAUAAAACAGUUAAAAUUUGGGCCAUCUCUGAUGGGUCCUGUUUAAGAACAUUUGAAGGGCACACAUCAAGCGUCAUUAGAGCUUCAUUUAUUACCCGGGGCACUCAAUUUGUUUCUUGCGGUGCUGAUGGCUUGGUAAAAUUGUGGACUGUAAAAACCAAUGAAUGCGUGGCCACUUAUGAUCAGCAUGAAGACAAGAUAUGGGCGUUGGCUAUUGGGAAGCAGACAGAAAUGCUUGUAACUGGUGGUGAUGACGCUGUUAUUAAUUUGUGGCACGACUCCACAGCUGCAGAUAGAGAGGAAGAAUUUCGUAAAGAAGGGGAAGCUGCUGAGAGAGGGCAAGAACUAGAAAAUGCCGUAAAAGCUGUGGACUACCCAAGGGCUAUUCAACUAGCAUUCGAACUUCGCAGGCCCCACAAACUGUUUGAUAUAUUUAGUGAACUCUGCAGAAAGACAGAUGCUGAUGUCCAGAUGGAAAAGGCUCUUUCUCCUGUUACCAAGGAGGAGCUUCAUGUGCUUUUGGAAUAUAUAAGAGAAUGGAAUUCAAAGCCCAAAUUUUGCCAUGUUGCUCAAUUUGUGCUGCAUCGUGUAUUUAGCAUCUUCCCACCUACUGAGAUUGUUGAGAUGAAGGGAAUUGGAGAACUGCUCGAAGGGCUCAUCCCAUAUUCAAAGAGACACUAUUCAAGAAUAGACAGAUUGGAAAGAAGCACAUUCCUUUUGGACUAUACCUUGACCGGAAUGUCUGUCAUCGAGCCUGAAACAAGCGAGACAAAAUCAAGAGAUGAUACUUUGGAGCAGCCCAAGGUAGAAGAAGAAGAAGAAGAAAACCGGCGUAUAAAAGUAGAUGAAAUGGAGGGUGAGGAUUUACCCAGUACAAAAGAUACGUCAAGGAAAAAGCGAAAAUCGCAUAAAUCACAAGACAGAAAACAGAAAAAAUCCAAGGUGGCUUAUGUGAGUGCUGCUGCAGCCAUAACAUCACAGGCCUAA